CGCGUUUCGCGACUGGAAUAGUUUUCCCAGUCUGCUCUUCUAAAAACCUUUCAACAACAGUUACAUUGGACCUUUAAAUCCUCGCUAUGUCUUCCUCAGUUCUCGAGUCAGUAAUCUCCCAUUCGACCCCUAAAGAAGCCGCAACAACCAGCGCCUCGAAGCCCACCACCACGCCCAGCGACCCCUCCCACGAAGAAUACCAAUACCUCAACCUCAUCCGCGAUAUCCUUGAAAAUGGCGAGCACCGCCCCGACCGCACCGGCACCGGCACAACCUCCAUCUUCGCGCCCCCACAGUUAAAAUUCGCCCUGUCCAGACCGUCCAGCCCCUCCGACCCCACCAGCCCACCAGAACUCAUCCUUCCGCUCCUAACAACAAAACGCGUCUUCCUCCGCGCCGUAGUCGGCGAACUUCUCUGGUUCAUCGCAGGCAGCACAUCCUCGAAACCGCUCGCCGACGCCGGCAUCAAGAUCUGGGACGGCAACGGCAGCCGGGCGUUCCUCGAUAGCGUGGGCUUGUCGCAUCACGAGGAGGGGGAUCUGGGGCCUGUGUACGGCUUCCAAUGGCGACAUUUCGGCGCAGAAUACAAGGGACAUGCGCACGAUUACACAGGGGAAGGUGUAGACCAACUUGCCGAAGUCAUCGACAAGUUGAGGAACAAACCGUAUGACCGACGCAUCAUCCUGAGUGCAUGGAAUCCCGCGGAUCUUACCCAGAUGGCUCUCCCGCCCUGCCACAUGUUCGCGCAGUUCUACGUCUCCUUCCCCAAGCAAGCAGAGGGUGCCACUGCGAAACCACGGGGCGUGUUGCACUCGCUGCUCUACCAACGAUCCUGCGACAUGGGGCUCGGCGUCCCUUUCAAUAUCGCGAGUUAUGCCCUGUUGACGCACAUGCUGGCCCAUGUGUGCGAUCUGACACCCGGCACCUUUACACAUACUAUGGGCGACGCGCAUGUUUAUCUUGACCAUGUGGAUGCGCUAAACGUACAGUUGCAGCGGGAACCACGCGACUUCCCGACACUGAAGAUUGGGAGGGAGAGUGGGGGGAGUAUUGACGGGUGGAAGGCGGAGGAUUUUGAAGUCGUAGGAUACAAACCGCAUGGGGCUAUUGCGAUGAAGAUGAGUGUAUGAGAUGAAUUGGACUUGUAUAGCUAUUGCAUGAGAUCGGGCAAGAUUGGAUGACGGUCACCAACCCAAGCGAUAUUAUAUGUAUGUUGUUAACCAUAUAAGAUCUUCCCUGAACAUGACAUGGGACAUAUCCAGAUCUCGUC